AUGGCUGGCAGCAUGGCUCCGUUGGGAGUGAAGAAGGAGAGGGCGGCGGAGUACAAGGGGCACAUGACGUUCGCCGUCGCCAUGGCGUGCAUCGUCGCCGCCAUCGGGGGUUCCAUCUUCGGCUAUGACAUCGGCAUCUCCGGAGUCAACACCAUGGACCCGUUCCUCCAGAGAUUCUUCCCGGUGGUGUUCCAGCGGAAAAACUCGGCCAGCGUCAACAACUACUGCAAGUACGACAACCAGGCUCUCUCCGCCUUCACCUCCAUCCUCUAUCUUGCCGGGCAAGUCUCCACACUCGUGGCUGCGCCGGUGACAAGGAACUACGGCCGCCGCGCCAGCAUUAUCUGCGGCGGCAUCAGCUUCCUGAUCGGCGCGGCCCUCAACGCCGCGGCCGUGAACCUCACAACCCUGAUCCUUGGCCGCGUCAUGCUUGGCGUCGGCAUCGGUUUCGGCAAUCAGGCUGUGCCGCUCUACUUGUCCGAGAUGGCGCCGGCGCACUUGCGCGGCGGGCUCAACAUGAUGUUCCAGCUCGCGACGACGCUUGGCAUCUUCUCGGCGAACAUGAUCAACUACGGCACGCAGAAAAUCAAACCGUGGGGGUGGCGCCUCUCGCUGGGCCUCGUGGCGGCGCCAGCACUGCUGAUGACGAUCGGUGGGAUCCUCCUCCCGGAGACGCCAAACAGCCUCAUCGAGCGCGGGCGUGUCGAGGAGGGCCGGCGCGUGCUGGAGCUGAUCCGCGGCACCGCGGACGUCGACGCUGAGUUCACAGACAUGGCGGAGGCGAGUGAACUGGCCAACACUAUCACGCACCCGUUCCGGAACAUCCUGGAGCGACGUAACCGGCCGCAGCUGGUGAUGGCCGUGUGCAUGCCGGCGUUCCAGACCCUCACGGGAAUCAACUCCAUCCUGUUCUACGCGCCGGUGCUGUUCCGGAGCAUGGGCUUCGGUGCCGACUGGUCCCUCUACUCCUCCAUGCUCACCGGCGCGGUGCUCCUGUUCUCCACGCUUAUUUCCAUCGCCACCGUCGACCGCCUCGGGAGGAGGAAGCUCCUCAUCAGCGGCGGCAUCCAGAUGAUCGUUUGCCAGGUGAUCGUGGCGGCGAUCCUCGGGGUAAAGUUCGGUGCGGACAAGCAGCUGUCGCGGAGCUGCUCGAUCGUGGUGGUGUUCGUGAUCUGCCUCUUCAUGCUCGCGUUCGGGUGGUCGUGGGGUCCGCUUGGGUGGACGGUGCCGAGCGAGAUCUUUCCGCUGGAGACGCGGUCGGCGGGGCAGAGCAUCACGGUGGCCGUCAACCUGUUCUUCACCUUCGUCAUUGCGCAGGUGUUCCUGUCGCUGCUCUGUGCUUUCAAGUUCGCCAUCUUCAUCUUCUUCGCUGGCUGGAUAGCCGUCAUGACCGCCUUCGUCUAUGUCUUCCUGCCGGAAACCAAGGGCGUGCCCAUCGAGGAGAUGGUGAUGCUCUGGAGCAAGCAUUGGUUCUGGAAGAUCAUCAUGCCAGCAAUGCCGACGAUGCCGCUCGAGAACGGCUUGGGACCAAGUGACAUUUGUUAA